GGUGCAUUCCCCAGCAUUCUCUGGGCGUGAGUCACGCAGGUUUGCAGCCAGCCCCAAAGGGGGUGUACACGAGCCUGGCACUAUAAAUAGGACGCCUCCCUGUGCCUACCACCCCGCGUCGCCAGGAGGAGCGCACCGGAGCCCGCAGCGCUGAUCGAGGCCCACUAGGAUUUCAGAAUGAAGACGCUGAUCCUGUGCGUGGGGCUGCUGCUGACCUUGGAGCACGCGCGGGUCCUGGGAGAUCGGGUGGUCUCCGACAAUGAGCUCCAGGAAAUGUCUAACCAGGGGAGUAAGUACAUCAAUAAGGAAAUUCAGAAUGCUGUCCAGGGGGUGAAACAGAUAAAGACUCUUAUAGAGAAAACAAAUGCAGAGCGCAAGACCCUGCUCAACACCUUGGAGGAAGCCAAGAAGAAGAAAGAGGACGCCCUAGAUGAGACCAGGGAUUCUGAGAUGAAGCUGAAGGCCUUCCCGGAAGUCUGCAACGAGACCAUGAUGGCUCUCUGGGAAGAGUGUAAGCCCUGCCUGAAGCAGACCUGCAUGAAGUUCUACGCACGUGUGUGCAGAAGCGGCUCGGGCCUGGUUGGCCGCCAGCUGGAGGAAUUCCUGAACCAGAGCUCGCCCUUCUACUUCUGGAUGAAUGGGGACCGCAUCGACUCCCUGCUGGAGAGUGACCGGCAACAGAGUCACGUGCUGGACGCCAUGCAAGACAGAUUCACCCGGGCGUCCAGCAUCAUGGACGCCCUGUUCCAGGACCGGUUCUUCACCCAUGAGCCCCAGGACACCCACUACCUCUCUUCCUUUGGUUUUCCUUACCGGAGGCAUCACUUCCUCUAUCCCAAGUCCCGCUUGGUCCGUAGCCUCAUGCCUCUCUCUCACUUCGGUCCGCCAAGCUUCCAUGACAUGUUCCAGCCUUUCUUCGAUAUGAUCCAUCAGGCUCAGCAGGCCAUGGACGCCCCAUUUCACAGCCCGGCCUUCCAGUUCCCGAACCUGGAUUCCAUCAGAGAAGAUGACAAUGACCGCACCGUGUGUAAGGAGAUCCGCCACAACUCCACCGGGUGCCUGAGAAUGAAGAACCAGUGUGACAAGUGCCAGGAGAUCUUGUCUGUGGACUGCUCGGCCAACAACCCGGCUCAGGUCCAGCUGCGGCGGGAGCUCAACGACUCCCUGCAGAUGGCAGAGAAGCUGACGCAGCAGUACAACGAGCUCCUUCAGUCCUUCCAGAGGAAGAUGCUCAACACCUCCUCCCUGCUGGAGCAGCUCAACGAGCAGUUCAGCUGGGUGUCACAGCUCGCUAACCUCACGCAGGGCGAGGACGACUACUAUCUUCGGGUGUCCACGGUGACGACCCAUUCUUCGGACUCAGACACCCCCUCCCGGGUCACUGAGGUGGUCGUGAAGCUCUUUGACUCCGACCCCAUCACAGUGGUCCUCCCAGAGGAAUUCUCCAAGGACAAUCCUGCAUUCAUGGACAUAGUGGCAGAGAAAGCCCUUCAGGAAUACCGCAGGAAGAACCGAGUGGAAUGAGACAUGAGCAUUACUUUUCCAUAUGCGGGGGGGCCUUGGAGUGUGACUCGCCAGCUCCUCGAGAUAGCCACAGCCCCCAGAGAGCUCCGCACGUCCUCCGGUCCCACCCCCACUGGCCUCUCCUCCCUCUGGAGUCUGCGCUCUAACGCCUGCAUUCGCUGCCCUUGAGAAGAACUGCUUUCUUGUGCAACUAAUUCAAUAAAUCUGGCUUGUGAUCUGUG